GGGGCGCACCCUGAAUUUCCUGAUUUCUGAAGUCUGAGUGACUUCCUCUGUGUGCCGAGAGGAAAGAGGCUUCUGCACUCACAGCCGAAGGGAAAGCAGCAGGUUGGGGCAUCUUGUGGCCAACUUCAGAGCCUGUCACCAGGAAAGGUAAGCAUGGGAGGAAGGAAGAUGGCAAGAGAUGAAGAAAAUGUCUACGGUUUAGAAGAGGACACCCAGUCCUGGCAGGAGCCCAUGCUGAGGCUCAUCCUUGUUGGGAGAACAGGGGCCGGGAAAAGCGCCACCGGGAACAGCAUCCUGGGCCAGAGACGGUUCCUGUCCAGGCUGGGGGCCACGUCUGUGACCAGGGCCUGCACCACGGCCAGCCGCAGGUGGGACAAGUGGCACGUGGAAGUCGUGGACACUCCAGACAUUUUCAGCUCCAAGGUGUCCAGGACAGAUCCCUGUUGUGAGGAGAGAGGUCACUGCUACCUGCUCUCGGCCCCCGGGCCCCACGCGCUGCUCCUGGUGACCCAGCUGGGCCGGUUCACCGCCCAGGACCAGCAGGCCGUGAGGCAGGUGAGGGACAUGUUCGGGGAGGGCGUCCUGAAGUGGAUGGUCAUCGUCUUCACCAGGAAGGAGGACCUGGCCGGGGGCUCCCUGCACGAUUACGUGCGCGGCACAGAGAACCGGGCCCUGCGCGAGCUGGUGGCCCAGUGCGGGGGCCGGGUCUGUGCGUUUGACAACAGGGCCACCGGCCCGGAGCAGGAGGCCCAGGCGGAGCAGCUGCUGGGGCUGGUGGAGGGCCUGGUGCGGGAGCACGAGGGCGCCCACUACUCCAACGAGGUGUACGAGCUGGCGCAGCAGCUGCGCUGGGCGGACCCCGGGGAGCGGCUCCGGAGGGUGGCGGAGCGCGUGGCCGCCCGCGUGCGGAGGAGGCCGUGGAGCGCCUGGCUGCGGGCCGCGCUGGGGGCGUGGUCGAAGCCGUUUUGGAGCUGGAGCCUGUGCCUGGCCCUGCUGCUGGGAGGCGCGCUCCUGCUCUGCGUGCUGCUCCACGGGCGCCAUUCGCAGGUCUUGCUGGAAAUCAGGCCUGACUGACAGUGCAGGCCCUAAAACUGCAGGCAACUUGGUAAGAGAGCGGUUGAAGGAAAAAAUUCAUUCCAACAGAAGGAAUCCUGUCGUUUCAGGCACAGUUUUAAGACACAGAAAACUGAACGCUGCAUCAUCUUUGCAACUUUAACAAGGCUCAGUUAACUUUUUAUGUUUUUAAGUCUCAUUUUAAACAUUGCGUAUGCAGAGUUUUAAAAUAAAUUCGUCUAACAAUAACUUUCUUUGGUAGUUUUGGUAGUUUAAUGUCAAGUAGCUUGUGGUGGGGACAAAUCCAUGGCACAGGGAAAACAAGUGCCUUUAUUUUAGAACUUUUUAAAAAAUUCAAUUGAGACUGCUCCUCCUUGAUAAUUUUCUAGUUCUUAUUCAUUGGUAGAUAUGUUCCUUUGGGAUUCUUGUAGGCUUUCAGCAUCAAUGAAAGAAAUGUGGGGGUUACACAUGUUAAUUUUACUUCUGAGACAUCAGUUUAUUAGUACAAUGAUUUUCUACCAAAAUGAUAAAUGUAACUGUGCUGAAAAUAACAGUUUCCACUUUUCUAGAACAUAUUAUGGUUCUUGGCUUUCCAAAAUGAAGUAGGGUCCCAGCACAGUGGCUCAGCCUGUAAUCCCAACACUUUGGGAGGCUUAGGUAGGCAGAUCAUCUAAGAUCAGGAGUUCAAGACCAGCCUGGCCAACAUGAUGAAACCCUGUCUCUACUAAAAAUACAAAUAUUAGCCUGGUGUGGUAGCCUUCGCCUGUGAUCCCAGCCACUCGGAAGGCUGGGAAGGGAGAAUCGUUUGAUGCAGUGAGCCGAGAUUGUGCCACUGCACUCCAGCCUGGGUGAUAGAGUGAGACUUUGUCUCAAAAAAAAAAGAAAGAAAGAAAGAACUAAGAUAUUAUGAUAUUGGGGAAAUAACGUAAUAUCUUCUAUAUGGUCAUUCAUACUUUUAUCACACACAUGCACAGUCUAUCUCAAGCUCCUCCCUGGUCAUGGAGAAGAGGCAGAGCGCCAGGUGCAUAGGCUGAGAUUGCAGACACCAGAGCAUCCUGUGCUGUGCAGCUAAAGCAUCCAGGGCCUGUCCAGGAAGGUUCUUGAAUGCCACAUGAUUAGAAAAUGUGACACUGACUGACGCUGACUGGUUGUGCAAACCAAACAAUAAGAUUUCCUUAUUUCUAUUUCUGAACAUAAUGAGAGGCCUUUAAGGGAACUCAAUGUCUUUAAAUCAGCCAACCUCUAGUAAGGGCAUGGAGACACAGGAUGCAGAUAUUCACCUGAGCCCCAAUCAAGGGGAGGAGGAGGAGGCGGCGGCAGCUGGAGUGUGCGCAGGUGCCCUAGAGUCCUUCCCAGCACACGUUGGGAAGGAGGGGUCUGCAAGCAUGUGCAAGAAUGCCAGGUCGGGCUAAAGACCACAGGAGGUUCCAGGUAGGCUGCGGGCUUCGGGCAGGCUAUGGUCCGGGGCCCUAAGGGCCUUGGUGACCGCUGCAGGGAGUUGGACUUUUUGAAGCGUGGCUCAAGAAAAACCCAUGUUUAAUUCCUCCCUUUCACUUCCUCAGCAGCCAUACUUGGCCCAAGCAGGGGCCUCGAGCCAGGAAGGGAUUCCUUUAAUGACCAGAGGGGGCAGCAGGGAGGGCACAGCGUGGUCAUCCGAGGCCACUUGCGCACGAGCCACUGCUGCUGGUGGUGUUAGCAACUUUUAUCAAAGCUGUUUACUGUACAGCAGCAGCAAAGGUAUUGCUCUUUGUGGAACAGGGCUCCCCCAUAGGCAGUGUGCCCAGAGUAGCAACGCGGAAGCAGUUUUGCAGCCAUAGUUAUACCCACUCUGAAAUACAUGCACAUUAGGCGGUGGAUUAUGCCAACAUUUCUAGAAAAAGGGUGGUAGCUUCCAGGUCGUGGGAUUGUUGCCAUGGAAAGGAGCUGUAACUUCCAGGUGUUACCUUAGCAAUGAUAACCUGACGUGACACUGGUGAGUGUGUUUUAUGGACAGACUCUUUCACCUCCUCCCUUUCAAGCUAGUCUUCAAUGUGUCUGGAGCCCAAUCCCCACCAUUAGAGUCGAGUCCUGCCUCCUGCCUCAGUAAUAUAAAUAUAAAGUAGCAUGUGGUUAAUUUGUCAAAUACAUUUGUAAAGUGCAAUCAGAGAUGUAUUGUCAAUCUGAAUCUCAAAAUAUGCUAUCAUCUUUGAAUUUGAAUAAUAUAUUAUUCUAAAAGUUACAGUUUUCCUUUACGUUCAAUAACAUUUCUCUAGUGGUUUUCUUUUUCAGAAACUUUGAUUAUGAUCUUUUUUUUUUCACCUUUGUAUCCCUGUCAUACAACCCAGUGCCUGGCAUAUAAAGUAGAGUCAGUAAUUGUUUGGAAAAUGAAUGGUAAAGUUGACUUUCCUGUACCCUUUUAAUAUUAGGUUUCUAACUAUAAGAGUUUUUACCAUUUUCUAAGUUUUCUAUCAUAGAUAACAAAAAAUUCUUUCAUGUAAGCACGCCAUUGUAUCAAUGAUAUUCUCCUGCCCUAAGGAAAUUUUCUUCCUUUCAAGCACAGAGUUCCCAAAAUUACUGUAUUUCUACCCCUUUCAGCUUAUUUUAUCCUUUUCUCCUGCUACAGAACAGCUGGCAUUCACCAUUUCAUCCAGUAAAGUCGUUUUUUAGGCUAUGGUUUGAAGGAUGCUUUUCCUCCAUAGCUCAGGGUUAGGCCUUAUGACCUCACUUAUGUAAUUUGAGUGAUUUGAUAGCACAAAUUAAUUUUAUAUUUAAAUUACAGCAUAAAACAGCACUGCCUCCUGUAGGAAAAACUUUCUUGCUAAUUUUAACCAGUCACAGGGUAAAAAUACUGCCCAAUACUUCAAAAAUUGCAUGAAUAUAUAUUCAUUUCAAUUAUGUCCCCCUUCCUCUCGUCUCCUUUUAUCUCUUUGAGUAUAAAAAAUGUAUGGGUCAUGUGCUGAUGAUGUUUCUCUUCAUAUUUCCAUGCCUUGGUGCCUGGACCAGCUUUUGUUCUACACAAAAAGACUUGUAUCUGGCUUAUUUCUGAAAGCUAGUGUUGGCCAUGAUGAACUUUUAGAACAAAAGAUUUCAGGCACUGUGUACAUUCUUAUUCUUACACAAUCAAUAUUCAGUUCCAGCCACACCAUAGCCCUGACAGACACCAGUGCUCCUUCCAGAGAUUCACCUAUGGAUUGAGUAUCCCCGAAGAGAAUUCCUGUAAAUUUUGGGUGAAGCUAUAGCUAGACUAUGGCUAAACACUCAUUUAUCCCCUGUGAUUUUUAAUCUAACAGUGGCAACGUUGGCCUAUUCUUAGGCAACUAGAUUUGUUCUUGCUACCAAUAAAAUAUUUUAUUGAGAUGCCUCUAAA